AAAAACACAUAAAUACUGUACAUAAUCAGAGCAAACCGUUUGAGUGUGACUUUUGUCAUAAAUCAUUUGGAGAAAAGGGUAAACUCAAUAGGCACAUAAGUAUAGUACAUGAUCGUAGCAAGCCCUUCAGGUGUGAUAUUUGUCACAAAUCAUUUGGUAAAGAGUGAAAACUCAAGAGGCACAUAAUGACAGUACAUGAUUGGAGCAAACUUUUUGAAUGUGAAAUUUGUCACAAAUCAUUUGGACUAAAAAGUAACCUCAAGCGUCACAUAAGUGCAGUACAUGAUCAUAGCAAACCUUUCGAAUGUGAUAUCUGUCAUGAAUCAUUUGGAUACAAGAGUGUCCUCAAUAAGCAUAUAAGAUCAGUACAUGUAAGUAUCAAACCAUUUGAGGGUGAUAUUUGUCACAAAUCAUUUGGAAAAGAUAGUACUCUCAAGACUCACAUAAAUGCAGUACAUGAUCGUAGCAAACCUUUCGAGUGUGAUGUUUGUCACAAAUCAUUUGGAUUCAAAAGUACCCUCAAGACUCACAUAAAUGAAGUACAUGAACGUAGCAAAUUCUUCGAAUGUGAGAUUUGUCACAAAACAUUUAAACGAAAAGAACAUCUUAAAACUCACACAAUGACUGUACAUAUGUGAAGCAAACCAUCGAAAAUGAGAUUUGUUCAAAGACCCA